AUGGUGGGAUCAGGUUCUGCAGGUGGAGAUUUACGAACUCCACAGUUUAAUGGUGCAAACUAUGAUUUUUGGUCAGUAAAAAUGGAGACUAUUCUCAUAGCAUAUGAUCUAUGGGAUGCAGUGGAGCUUGGAGUACAUCCACAGCCGAUUCUUGAGGAGGAAGAAGAAGAAGUGGAAGCACCUACUAUCUCCAAAGAAGAUAAGAUCAAAAAUGCCAAGGCUUUGAGUCUUAUUCAAGGAGCACUAACUGAUGAACUCUUUCCUCGCAUCAGAAAUGAGAAGACUGCAAAAGGUGCUUGGGAAAUUCUGAGAAGAGAGUUCAGAGGAGAUAAAAAGGUAAUAGCUGUGAAAUUACAAGCUAUUAGAGCUGAUUUUGAAUAUUUGAGAAUGAAUGAUGUUGAAUCUCUGGAUGACUACUUGGCUCGAUUUUUUGGAAUUGUAAACAACUUGAAAUCUCUAGGAGAAGAUGUAACAGAGAAAAGGAUUGUCCAAAAAUUAUUGAUGAGUCUAAGUAGGAGGUACAAGUCCAUAGUGUCAAUCAUUGAAGAAACCAGAGACCUUGAAACUAUUAGAGUUGAAGAAAUUCUUGCAUCUGUCAAAGUUUAUGAUAAGAGAGAGGAUUUGCAUGAUGAAAGGGAUAAGUUGGCAGGAACUGAGAAAGCUUUUAGCAGUCUCAGAGUUGGAAAUAAUCAAGCUUCUGGAGCUAACAAAAGUUCUCAAGGAAAGCAAAAUCAAAAAUGGCAAGGACAAAACAAAAAGGGCUCGAAUUGGUCUCAAGGUGGAAACUCAAAUUGGAAUAAUGGCUCUGAAGGGAAUUGGAACAACAGUUUCAAUUCACAAAACAAAUCAAAAGGAAGUAGCAGUCAAGGUGGUGUGAAACCACAGUGCCAAGUGUGCCAGAAAUACCAUUUUGGUAUAUGCAGAUAUAAAGGAAAACCCAAGUGUGGGAAGUGCAGUCGAUUUGGCCAUUUAACUAAGGACUGUGAAAGUGGUAAACAAGUUGCAAACUAUGCAAAGGAAGAAGAGGUAACCAAAGGAACAAUGUUCUAUGCUUGUCAUGCAAGUUCAAUUGCAUCAAGCAAGUCUGUGUGGUUUGUUGACAGUGCAUGCAGCAACCACAUGACCUCUCAACAGUCUUUAUUGAUCUAUCUUGAUAUGUCAGUGACCUGCAAAGUGAAAAUGGGCACUGGUGAUCUUGUUCAAGCCGUAGGAAAAGGGACACUUGUAGUUGAGACAAGAAAAGGGAGAAGAUACAUAAAUGAAGUGCUGCUGGUCCCUGGUCUGAAUGAGAAUUUGUUGAGUAUAGGACAAAUGCUGGAGCAUGGGUACUACCAUCCAAAAACAAGUAACCUUCACCAACCAUAA